AUGGGUGUACAAUCGGAUCCACCCAAGUCGCUCUAUGCAGCGCCUGGAAAUGAUGCAGACGAAAAUAUGCAAGUCCGCGACCAGCUCCCGCCCAAAACAGACGAGCAUGGAUACCAGAUUAAUGAACAGCCAAUGGGGACGAAGAGGAGGGUAAAGGUCAUUCUCAUGGGAGCGGGCGCCUCAUCUCUAAACUUCUUCAAGAAAGCCGAGGAAGAGAUGGAGAACCUUGAAAUGGUUUGCUACGAAAAGAACAACGACAUUGGGGGUACAUGGCUAGAAAACCGGUACCCUGGAUGUGCGUGUGAUAUCCCGUCUUUCUCCUGGAAGAUCAAGCUUUGGUCGCACUUCUACUCGUACUCGCCUGAGAUAUGGGAAUACUUGAAAUCGAUUGAGCGCGAGAACGACUUCAUCGCCAAGUACAUCAAACUGCGCCACCGUCUGGAGCACGUCGAGUGGGAUGAUGAUGCUGGACUAUGGCGGUGCAAGGUUCGUGAUCUGGAAAAAGACGAGGUUUUCGAAGAUAGUGCCGAGUUCUUCAUUAAUGCUGGUGGUGUCUUGAACAAUUGGAAAUGGCCAGAUAUCCCGGGGUUGUCCGAUUUCAAAGGAAAACUAAUGCACUCUGCAAACUACGAGGAAGGUUAUGAUCUGUCUAAUAAGAGGGUAGCUGUCAUUGGUUCUGGAAGUUCAGGUGUACAAAUCGUUGCGGCUAUACAGCAAAAAGUUGAGCAUCUCUACCACUGGGUGCGAUCACCCAUCUGGAUCACAGCAGGCUUUGCACAAACCUGGGCUGGAAAGAAUGGAGCAAACUUCCGAUACAGCGAAGAACAACUCAAGUACCUAUCCAACAACCCCCAAAAGUAUCUCGAAUACCGCAAACAAAUCGAAAACGAGCUAAACCAGCGCUUCAAAUUCAUCAUCAAAGGCAGCCCAGAAGCCCGUCUAGCCCGCGAAUACGCCGCCACAGAAAUGCGCACAAAGCUAAACCACGACGCCCGUCUGACGGAGAAAAUGAUUCCAAAAAACUUCAACCCAGGGUGUCGUCGUCCAACCCCCGCACCGGGCUACCUCGAAGCCCUCGUCGCCAAAAACACGACCGUCUUCACCGACCCCAUCAAAACCAUCACACCCACCGGCUUCAUCGACCAAGACGGCACCCCCCACACCGUCGACGUAAUAAUCUGCGCCACAGGCUUCAACACCUCAUGGCUCCCGCGCUUUCCCUUCAUCGCCCACGGCCACGACCUACGCUCUGUGUGGGGCACCGAAAACGGGGUAACAUCGUACCUCAGCGUGGGCAUACCAAACUUCCCCAACACGUUUUCCUUCUGCGGCCCCUACGGCCCCCUCGGCCACGGCUCCUUCAUCCCCCUCAUCGAACAAUGGACACGCUACAUCUUCCACGCCAUCACAAAAACCCAAAUCGAAAACAUAAAAUCCCUAACCCCAAAACUUACCCCUUCCCUCCACUUCCGCCAACACGCCGAUCUCUUCCUCAAACGCACGGCGUAG